UUUUCUAAAUGCAGGCUGUAGCAGCGUUGCAUGAUGGGUAUGUAAACAGAAAAGGAGCGCUAGCUGUGUUAGCUUCUCUGCAGAGGACGAUGGAGUUUGAUGUGAAUACUAGAGCAGCUGCAGUGAAAAUGUCUUCAGUUCAGUCUCUCCGAAAGUUUAUCGGUGAGCGGUUAACCGCCGCUGCGGAAGAAAUCUUCACUCACGUGGAGCAAACCAUCUGUAAGCUGGAGGGGGAGGUGGAACGUCAGCGAAGACUGCUAGAUGUCAUGAUGAUGAAGUCACGUUUACAGCUGGGAAGCAGUACAGUUCUCCCACAGUAUUAUCUGAGGAACCAGGAGAGAAAGUCCAGUGAGGACCAGGAGGAAGCAGAACUUCCUUGGAUUAAGGAGCAACAGGAAGAGAUCAGCGUCAGCCAGGAGGAAGAGCAGCUUGGUCUGAAGCAGGAAGACGACAUCGUGAUGGUGACUUUGCAUGAGGAAAAUGAGCUCAUAGAAGAUUUCAACAAUCAGCAGUUCCAGACUCAGAGCUUUAAUGAUGAGUUUGAUGAUGAAGAAGAAGCCCUGCAGGAAGCAUCAACUACAGACGGAGAGGCAGAACCUCAGAGCAGCAGAAGUCCAGUCCAUAAUGUAGAACGCUCUCAAGCAUCAGAACCUCAGUGUGAUCCUGACUCUGACAAAUCAUCUGAAGGAAAUAGCUGCGACAAAACCUCAAAGAAAAAGAAGAGUAAAUUUGCUUGUAAAGAUUGUGGAAAAAAGUAUUCCAGCAUUUCAACUUUGACCAACCACAGAAGAAUCCACAACGGAGAAAUGCCUUACUGCUGUGAAGAGUGUGGUAAAAGUUUUCAUCUCAGGUCUACCUUCAGAAGUCACGUCCUCGCCCACAAACCAGCAAAACUCUUCGUCUGCGACAAAUGUGGGAAAAGUUUCAGUGAAAACUGUCAUCUGACCGGCCACAUGAGGAUUCACACGGAGGCCACAUUAUUCUGUGAAGAAUGUGGGAAAAGCUUCCGCCAUGGCUGUAACCUGAAACGCCACAUGCUGACUCACACCGGGCAAAAGCCCUUUUCCUGUGAGGAGUGCGACAAAAGCUUCAGCCAGAGCACCACUCUCAGGAACCAUAUGACCAUUCACACCGGCGCAAAGCCCUUCUCCUGCAAAGAAUGUGACAAAAGUUUCAACCGAAGGUCAACGCUGGACAAUCACAUUAAGACGCACGCAGGAGCAAGACCUUUCCUCUGCAAAGUAUGUGGUAAAAGUUUUACACUCAAGAUAACUCUGACAAGUCACACGAGGAUUCACACGGGAGAGAAACCCUUUGCUUGUGAGGAAUGUGGUAAAAGUUUCACGCAUAGAACGAGUCUGAAGAAGCACAUGAACACUCACCUAGAGGAGAUGUUUUGUGACGUUUGUUCUGUAAGUUUCAGCAGAAGGAAGGACUUUACUGAACACAUGAGGAGACAUGCGUCAGCAGAGGACGUGUUACAGAUGCGCAAAAGCAACCUGCUGCCUCCUGAUGCAGAGCAAAAGAUUUGGAGUCCAGAUCCCAUGACUCAACUACAAGACGUGUUCAUAAAUUAAGGACAUGCUGUUUAAGAGCUCAUCCACAAUAAGAUGUUAUUAAAGCCACAGUGAAGAUCAGGGAGCAAAGAGCUCAAUGGAUCUUUGAACACAUUUCCUGCUUAAAUAAACAAACUAUGAAUGGUGUCAAAGUGUGAUAUUAUAUUCAAUGUGUUGGUGCCUAAUCUUUGUAAUCACAGCUGAAAGUUAGUCCAGCCAGAGUUCUGACCGAACACUGACAUUAUAGGUUUUUAAGGUCAAACUUACGGCUAUGGCAGGUGGGUCUGUAACCUUUGAUAAUAGAAGUGCGAGCUGGUCCUGUUUCUCAAAGUCUUUGUUUGAAAAGUUUGAUACUGAUCUGCUUUUUUAUCGUUGUUACUUUUAAAAUGUAUACAAUUUAUUUUGGACUUGAAUAAAAACAGAAAUAUAAAGAAAAAAACAUUUCCCUAAAUGUAAAAUUGUUUUUUAGUUUUGACAAAGGCUUGUAUGAUUUCCUUUCAAAUGAAUAAUGGAUUAGAUUUAUCUGAAUGAAGACAUGCUGUGCUACAAGUUUGAAACGAUGCAGGUUAAAACUUACCUUUUAACCUGAACAUGACUUUACUGGUUUAAGAUUCAUCAGAUACGGUAUAUUAAAAAAAAAAUCUAGAAACCCCCUUCUGCAUCGCUAAUAAACAUUGUUGUGCAGCAUGAAAAAACUAGUGAAACUAGUAAAAGUGUGAUCAGAGAAGAUCAAACUUUUGACAGUAUAUGAAAUCUCUGCGUUCUGGAGGGAUGGUAAAGCACACAAAGCCUUUCGAGUUGGUGUGGUGUCAGCAAGGGUGUAAAACUAUAGUUAGUCUCAGUGUCACUGGAGGCAAAAAGAGCCACAUGUGGCUCUGUAGCCUGAGGUUGCAGACCCUUGGGUAAACUAAAGCCUGAUGGUGAUUUUAGAAGAUCUUGUACUAAACACAAAACAAAAUGUAUUUAUUUUUCUGGAAACAUUUUUCGCCAAAAAACUUAAGUCUGUGUCAUCCUGAGCUGGGCUGAACUGCUGACUGUUGCAGUCUGUUUGGUUGUGGUUAUUUUCUUAACGGGUACAAGUCAGCUUCAAGAAAGCAGUCUCCUUUUCAAGAAAGGGGCUCGAUAUUGGUAGUGAUAUAUGGAUAGCAUCCUUUUCAAAAGACCCAACUGAUCAUAAAGGAGAAAUUAUGAAUUACGGUUUUGUCUUUUAACUUAUUGUCCAGCAGGUGGCAAUAUAUCCUUCCCUUUCAGCCAGACAUCAGAAUUUCAUAUUAAUUGUUGUUUUUGUUAUUUUGUGUGUGGAUGCCUUGGUGACCAUUUGAAGCGUUUG